AUGGUUUCCCAAUGCCAUCAGCUUCGGAUCCUGGUCUGGAAAAAUUGGCUAGGUGUUAAAAGGCAGCCGCUUUGGACACUUGUCUUGAUUUUAUGGCCAGUCAUUAUUUUCAUAAUUUUGGCUAUUACUCGGACCAAGUUUCCUCCAACAGCGAAACCAACUUGUUACCUCGCACCUCGAAACCUUCCUAGCACUGGAUUCUUCCCGUUCCUGCAAACCUUACUCUGUGACACAGACUCUAAAUGCAAAGACACACCUUAUGGGCCACAAGAUCUGCUUCGUAGGAAAGGGAUCGAUGAUGCACUAUUUAACAACAGUGAAAUUCUGAGAAAGUCGCCCAACUUGGAAGACAGCAAUUUAUCACUCCAGAGCACCCAAGUUCCAGAAAGAAGGCAUGCCUCACUGGCCACAGUAUUUCCCAGUCCAAAUUCUGAUUUGGAAAGUAAUGAAAGAGAUGCUUUCAAUGGCAGUCAAGUGCUUGCACGAAUCCUUGGUUUGGAAAAGCUGUUAGAGAAAAAUUCAACUUCAGAAGAUAUACGAAGAGAACUGUGUGCGAGCUAUCCAGGAUACAUUGAGGAUUAUGCCUUCUCUUGGACCACUCUAGGAAAAAAUGUUUUCAACAAAUUCUGCCUUUCCAACAUGACUCUUUUAGAGUCUUCUCUCCAAGAACUAAAAAAACAGUUCUCUCAGCACGCCAUAAAUGAAGGACAGAAGGAGCAAGACAUAGGAAGUUUGAUUCCCUACGUUGGUCCUCAUUUUACCUCUGCGCUGAUGGUCGUGCAGAAGGUUUAUCCACGUGUCACAACUAACGAAGGUUUCAGAACCCUCCAGAAAUCUGUUAAACAUCUGCUGUACACUCUGGACUCCCCAGCUCAAGGUGACUCUGAUAAUAUAACACAUGUGUGGAGUGAGGAUGAUGGACAGAUACUAUCUCCAAGCAGUCUGGCUGCACAGCUCCUGAUCCUGGAAAACUUUGAAGACGCACUCUUAAAUAUAUCAGCAAAUAGUCCUUAUGUUCCCUACUUGGCAUGUGUGAGAAAUGUGACUGACAAUUUGGCCAGGGGAUCACCAGAAAAUAUAAGACUCCUUCAGUCCACAAUAAGAUUUAGAAAAUCUUUUCUUCGAAAUGGUUCCUAUGAGGAUUACUUCCCUCCAGUUCCUGAAGUCUUAAAAUCAAAACGUAUUAUGGGGGUACAGAUGUUUAGGUUACGUAUGUUGCCCUUGCCCCCCGCCAAGUCGGAGUUUCAAAGUCAGUUAAUAGAAAUGUUUAAAAAUGUUGAAGAACUGAAAGAAGAACUGAGGAGAAUGACAGGAAUGUCCAACAGGAGUAUUGAUAAGCUGCUGGCCGUUCCUAUCCCUGAUAACAGGGCUGAGAUUAUUUCUCGGGUGUUCUGGUUACAUUCUUGUGAUGCUAAUGUUACCAAUCCCAAACUGGAAGAUGCGAUGAAAGAAUUCUGUAGCCUGCCUCUUCCAGAGAGAUCGCAUCAGUCUUACCUCAUUGGACUCACUUUUCUGCAUUACCUAGACAUUUAUAACUUCACAUACAAGGUGUUUUUCCCUAGGAAAGAUCAAAAGCCAGUAGAAAAGAUGAUAGAACUCUUCAUGAGACUAAAGGAGAUUCUCAAUCAGAUGGCUUCCGGCACACAUCCGCUGCUAGACAAAAUGAGAUCCCUGAAACAAAUGCAUCUGCCCAGAAAUGUUCCAUUAACACAGGCAAUGUACAGAAGCAACCGAAUGAACACACCCCAGGGAUCAUUUAGGACCAUUUCCCAAGCAUUGUGUUCCCAAGGAAUUACCACUGAAUAUUUAAUUGCCAUGCUGCCCUCCUCCCAGAAGCCAAAAGGAAACCACACAAAGGAUUUUUUGACAUAUAACUUAAGUAAAAAGCAAAUUGCUUCAAAAUAUGGAAUCCCCCUACAAACCAGUGAGUAUACUUUAAUGAUGAUUGUUCUUAAUAACAAGAACAUUGUCUAUUCUUCUAAUGUAACUCUGAGGCAGCUGGCGGAAUUAAGAGAAAGAUCUCAAGAGUGGAUGGAUAAGUCGCCACUUUUCAUGAAUUCCUUCCACCUGUUAAACCAGGCGAUUCCAAUGCUCCAGAAUACCCUAAGGAACCCCUUUGUGCAAGUUUUUAUAAAAUUCUCCGUGGGACUUGACGCCGUUGAACUGUUGAAACAGAUAGAUGAACUCGACAUUCUAAGGAUGAAAUUAGAGAACAACAUUGACAUCAUAGAUCAGCUUAACACACUGUCUUCCCUGACAGUAAAUAUUUCCUCUUGUGUAUUAUAUGACCGUAUUCAGGCUUCAAAAACCAUAGAUGAAAUGGAGAGAGAGGCUAAAAGGCUCUACAAAAGGAACGAACUCUUUGGAAGCGUUAUUUUUAAGCUUCCUUCUAACAGAAGCCGGCAUGGAGGCUAUGACUCUGAAAAUAUCUUUCUUCCUCCUGUCGUAAAAUAUACCAUCCGCAUGAGUCUCAAGACCGCACAGACCACAAGAAGCAUAAGAAGCAAGAUUUGGGCCCCAGGGCCACACAAUUCUCCAUCAAACAACCAGAUCUAUGGCAGGGCUUUUAUUUAUUUACAGGAUAGUAUUGAAAGAGCAAUCAUUGAAUUGCAAACUGGAAGGAACUCACAGGAAAUAGCAGUUCAGGUUCAAGCAAUUCCUUAUCCCUGCUUCAUGAAAGACAAUUACGAUUUGAGCCUGCUGUCCCCAACAGCAUUCAGUUAUGCAAGCCAAUACAUUGCACAGUAUGAAGAACAGGGCAUUGGUCUCCAGUGGGACAAUAUGUACAGCUCCCCAGUUGAGGAUGACACCACCUCAUUUGGCUGGCUGUGCUGUCUAAUCCUAGCUGACUCUUUCAUUUAUUUCCUUAUUGCUUGGUAUGUCAGGAAUGUUUUUCCAGGGACAUAUGGCAUGGCAGCUCCAUGGUAUUUUCCAGUCCUUCCAUCCUAUUGGAAGGAGCGAUUUGGGUGUGCAGAGGAAAAGCCUGAGAAGAGCAAUGGCCUCAUGUUUACUAAUAUCAUGAUGCAGAACACCAACCCGUCUGCCAGUCCCGAGUACAUGUUUCCCUCUAACAUUGAGCCUGAACCUAAAGAUCUCACAGUCGGAGUUGCCCUGCAUGGGGUCACAAAGAUCUAUGGCUCAAAAGUUGCUGUUGAUAACCUGAAUUUGAACUUUUAUGAAGGGCAUAUUACUUCAUUGCUGGGGCCCAAUGGAGCCGGGAAAACUACUACCAUUUCCAUGUUGACUGGGCUGUUUGGGGCCUCAGCAGGCACCAUCUUUGUGUAUGGAAAAGAUAUCAAAACAGACCUAAACACUGUGCGAAAGAACAUGGGGGUCUGCAUGCAGCACGACGUCUUGUUCAGUUACCUCACCACCAAGGAACACCUUCUCUUAUAUGGCUCCAUCAAAGUUCCUCACUGGACUAAAAAGCAGCUCCACGAGGAAGUAAAAAGGACUUUAAAAGAUACUGGGCUGUAUAGCCAUCGUCAUAAGAGAGUUGGAACACUGUCAGGAGGAAUGAAAAGGAAGUUAUCUAUAUCCAUAGCUCUCAUCGGUGGAUCCAGGGUAGUAAUUCUGGAUGAACCAUCCACUGGCGUUGACCCAUGUUCUCGCCGAAGUAUAUGGGAUGUUAUAUGCAAGAACAAAACUGCCAGAACAAUGAUUCUGUCCACACACCAUUUGGAUGAGGCUGAAGUGCUGAGUGACCGCAUCGCCUUCCUGGAGCAUGGCGGACUGCGGUGCUGUGGGUCACCAUUUUACCUCAAGGAAACAUUUGGGGAUGGAUAUCACCUCACUCUUACCAAGAAGAAGAGUCCAAAUCUAAAUGCAAAUAUAGUAUGUGACACCAUGGCCGUGACAGCAAUGAUCCGAUCACACCUUCCCGAAGCCUACCUCAAGGAGGAUAUUGGGGGAGAGCUUGUUUAUGUGCUUCCUCCGUUCAGCACCAAAGUCUCGGGAGCCUAUCUGUCGCUCCUGCGAGCGCUGGACAAUGGCAUGGGUGACCUCAACAUCGGGUGCUAUGGCAUUUCAGACACCACCGUGGAAGAGGUCUUUCUGAACUUGACUAAAGAGCCACAUAAAAAUAGUAACAUGAGUCUUGAGUACUUAACGCAAAAGAAAAUUGGAAGUUCCAGUACUAACGGCAUCUCAACUCCUGACGAUUUAUCUGUGAGCAGCAGCAACUUCACAGACAGAGAUGACAAAAUUCUGACAAGAGGAGAGAGGUUGGACGGUUUGGGACUACUACUGAAGAAGAUAAUGGCUAUACUCAUCAAGAGGUUCCAUCACACCCGCAGGAACUGGAAAGGUCUCAUUGCUCAGGUUAUCCUCCCCAUCGUCUUUGUAACCACAGCCAUGGGCCUUGGCACAUUAAGAAAUUCCAGCAACAUUUAUCCAGAGAUCCAGAUCUCCCCUUCUCUUUACGGUACCUCCAAACAGACAGCCUUCUAUGCGAAUUCUCAUCCAAGCACAAAAGAACUGGUCUCAGCAAUGUGGAACUUCCCUGGCAUUGACAACCUGUGUCUGAACACCAGUGAUCCACGGUGUUUGAAGAAAGACAGUCUGGAAAAAUGGAACACCAGUGGAGAACCUAUCAUGAAUUUUGGUGUUUGCUCCUGCUCAGAAAAUAUCCAGGAAUGUCCUAAAUUUAACUAUUCCCCACCUCAUAGAAGAACUUACUCCUCCCAAAUAAUUUAUAACCUCACUGGGCACCGUGUGGAAAAUUAUCUUAUAUCAACUGCAAAUGAGUUUGUCCAAAAAAGGUAUGCAACAUUUUCCUGGAUGUACUUGCUGGCUGGGCUCUUCCACGAAACAGGAAUGGCCUUCAUCACUUAUGUCUGUAUCAACUUGUUUUUUGGCAUCAAUUCCAUUGUUUCCCUGUCGGUGGUGUACUUUCUUUCCAAGGAAAAGCCUAAUGAUCCGGUAAGAAUCAGCAGUUUAAUUGAUAUUUUAGUGGCACUGUCCAUCCUGAUGGGCUACUCUGUCACCACCGCCAGCUUUGUCACCUACAUUGUAAGGGAACAUCAAACCAAAGCCAAACAAUUGCAACACAUUUCAGGCAUCGGUGUGACAUGCUACUGGGUAACAAACUUCAUUUAUGACAUGGUUUACAUCUUUUUUCCCCCCUCAAAUCAGUGCUUUGGCCUUCUUGGGGUGAAUGGAGCAGGAAAGACCACUAUAUUCAAGAUGCUGACUGGAGACAUAAUUCCUUCCAGUGGAAACAUUCUGAUCAGAAAUAAGACUGGAUCUCUGGGUCAUGUUGACUCUCACAACUCAUUAAUUGGCUACUGUCCUCAAGAAGAUGCCUUAGAUGACCUGGUAACUGUGGAAGAACAUUUGUAUUUCUAUGCCAGAGUACACGGAAUUCCAGAAAAAGAUAUUAAAGAAGAUGAGCCGAGCUCUGGGAUGGAUCCUAAGUCGAAACGGCACCUCUGGAAGAUCAUUUCAGAAGAAGUACAGAACAAAUGUUCCGUCAUCCUCACAUCUCACAGCAUGGAAGAAUGUGAAGCUCUCUGUACCAGGCUGGCCAUUAUGGUGAAUGGAAGGUUCCAAUGUAUCGGAUCUUUGCAGCACAUAAAGAGCAGGUGAAGAACAAACACGUUCACAGAUGGUGUACAUUUAUCCAGUAACAAAUUAGACCUUGACAAUCGUGUCAAUACUACCCAACAUUGUAAAAUAAAAUUUUUUCUUUUGGUUCCACAGGAUCAGCACCUUAGCAUGCUGGAGUAUCAUGUACCAGUCACAGCAGGAGGAGUGGCAAACAUUUUUGAUUUGCUGGAAACCAACAAGAUUGCUUUAAAUAUUACAAAUUUCCUAGUGAGUCAGACCACUCUGGAAGAGGUUUUCAUCAACUUUGCCAAAGACCAAAAGUCCUAUGAAACUGUUGAUACCAGUAGCCAAGGUUCCACUAUAAGCGUUGACUCACAGGAUGAUCAGAUGGAGUCUUAA